AGCAUGAGAGCAGCUCCAAACAUACACAACCAUAAACAAUUCCUCUAACACCCAAAACAUUUUCUUCAAAAGAAUAGAAAUCCUCACGCUGUGUCAAACCAAAAAGAAGGAAUCAGAGAGAGAGAGAGAGAGAGAGAGAGAGAGAGGACACACCGCCGCUCUUGCCCACUUUAAAGCAUCCCAGCGCGGAACACCAAAACAAAAGCCGUCACCACUACCACAUUGGCGAUAAAAGCCAAAUACAAAGCAUAGGGAAGCCAAUCCCACACGAAUCCGGAGCAAGACGCCUCCUUUCCGCUUUCUUCCUCUUUGCUGUUGCCUCUUCUUUGCAGAGCAAUGGCCGCCCCGGAGCAGAGGAAGAUGGGGCAUCCCUCUUCGGCGGGGAGUUCCUGAGGCGCGGUGAUGCGUCGCCCGCUGCCGAGGAGACGGAGGAAAGGAGUGGUGUGGGGUUUCUGAGGGCGGUGAGUGCGUUGGGUGGGGAAAGGUUGGAUUUUUAGGGGUCUUGUUGCAGGGGCGAGAUGGCGAUGGUUGUAAGCGGGAAGGAGGUGGGGAAGGGGCUGCAGCAGGCUGCGGCGAUGGAUUCGGGGAAGUACGUGAGGUACACGCCGGAGCAGGUGGAGGCGCUCGAGAGGGUCUACAGCGAGUGCCCGAAGCCGAGCUCCCUGAGGCGGCAGCAGCUCAUACGGGAAUGCCCCAUCCUCUCCAACAUCGAGCCGAAGCAGAUCAAGGUCUGGUUCCAGAACAGAAGAUGUCGAGAGAAGCAAAGAAAGGAGGCCUCUCGUCUCCAAACAGUAAAUCGCAAGCUCACUGCUAUGAACAAGUUGUUGAUGGAGGAAAAUGACCGACUGCAGAAGCAGGUGUCUCAACUUGUAUAUGAGAAUGGAUACAUGCGCCAACAACUGCAUAGUCCAUCUGUUGCGACUGAUGCUAGCUGUGAAUCUGUAGUCACAAGUGGUCAGCACCACCAUCAACAAAACCCAACUUCACAGCAUCCAGAGAGGGAUGCUAAUAACCCAGCUGGUCUUCUUGCGAUCGCUGAGGAGACCUUGGCAGAGUUCCUGUCAAAGGCUACUGGAACUGCUGUCGAGUGGGUUCAGAUGGUUGGGAUGAAGCCUGGUCCGGAUUCUAUUGGAAUCGUUGCUGUUUCCCACAACUGUGGUGGGGUAGCAGCUCGAGCCUGUGGCCUUGUGAGUCUAGAACCCGCAAAGGUUGCAGAGGUUCUCAAAGAUCGUCCAUCUUGGUAUCGUGAUUGCCGUUGCCUCGAUGUGCUUACUGUAAUUCCCACUGGUAAUGGAGGGAAUAUUGAACUUACAUAUAUGCAGACAUAUGCACCUACUACUUUGGCAGCAGCACGAGACUUUUGGACGCUAAGAUAUACUACAGCACUGGAAGAUGGCAGUCUUGUGAUCUGUGAGAGGUCAUUGACUCCUGCAACUGGUGGUCCCACUGGGCCAGCUGCUACAAAUUUUGUAAGAGCUGAAAUGCUUUCUAGUGGCUAUUUAAUUCGGCCAUGUGAAGGUGGUGGGUCAAUGAUUCACAUCGUCGACCAUGUUGAUUUAGAUCCAUGGAGUGUACCUGAGGUUCUUAGACCCCUGUAUGAAUCACCAAAGAUACUGGCACAGAAAACAACCAUUGCUGCACUCCGCCACCUAAAACAAAUUGCUCAAGAGACCAGUGGUGAAGUUCCAUUUGGUGGGGGGCGGCAACCUGCUGUUUUAAGGGCCUUUAGUCAGAGAUUGAGCAGAGGUUUCAAUGAUGCUGUGAAUGGAUUUGCUGAUGAUGGUUGGUCGUUACUGGGAAGUGAUGGUGUUGAGGAUGUGACAAUAGCUAUAAAUUCUUCCCCAAAUAAACUUUUUGGGUCUCAUGUUAACCCCUCGGCGAUAUAUUCAACCCUCGGAAGUGGUGUUCUCUGUGCAAAAGCAUCAAUGUUGCUGCAGAAUGUACCACCUGCUAUAUUGGUUCGCUUUUUGAGGGAACAUCGUUCAGAAUGGGCUGAUUGUGGUGUAGAUGCUUAUUCUGCUGCAUCAUUGAGAACUGGCUCAUAUGCGGUUCCUGGUGUUAGGCCCAAUAGCGGGUUCUUGGGCAGUCAGGUGAUACUUCCUCUUGCACAUACUGCAGAAAAUGAAGAGUUCUUGGAGGUGAUUAGGCUCGAGGGUAAUGGUUUUAACCAAGAUGAUGUCAUUUUGUCAAGGGAUAUGUACUUGCUGCAGCUUUGCAGUGGAGUGGAAGAAAAUGCUGUUGGUGCCUGUGCUCAGCUGGUUUUUGCACCCAUUGAUGAAUCUUUUGAUGAUAAUCUUCCUUUGCUACCAUCAGGUUUUCGUGUCAUACCGCUGGACCCUAAAACAGAUUCUCCGGCCACUACACGAACACUUGAUUUGGCAUCCACACUAGAAGUUGGAUCUGGUGCCACAUCACGCUCUGUUAAUGAGACUGCUUCAACUACAUAUAACCUGCGAUCAGUCCUCACAAUAGCCUUCCAGUUUACCUAUGAGAAUCACCUCCGAGAUAGUGUGGCAGCAAUGGCCCGGCAAUAUGUUAGAAGUGUGGUCACCUCAGUGCAGAGAGUUGCGAUGGCAAUUGCACCUUCUCGUCCCGGUUGUCAGAUUGGCGGUAAGCACCCACCUGGUUCUCCAGAAGCUCACACUCUGGCACGAUGGAUUUCUCAGAGCUACAGGGUUCAUACAGGAGCUGAGCUCUUUCAGGUGGACUCGCAAGCAAAUGAUUCAUCGCUGAAAUUGCUUUGGCACCAUUCGGAUGCGAUCAUGUGUUGUUCUUUGAAGGUUGCCCCUGUCUUCACCUUUUCCAAUCAAGCUGGUCUGGAUAUGCUGGAAACCACCCUGAUAGCUCUUCAGGACAUUACACUGGAAAAGAUUCUUGAUGACAAUGGUCGGAAGGUGCUUUGCUCGGAGUUCCCCAAGAUCAUGCAGCAGGGCUUUGCUCAUCUUCCUGCUGGUAUCUGCUUGUCAAGCAUGGGGAGGCCGGCGUCUUAUGAACAGGCUGUGGCAUGGAAAGUCCUUGAUGAGGAUGAUUCACCCCAUUGUCUGGCUUUCAUGUUUGUGAACUGGUCUUUUGUUUGAAUGCCUAGAGCAGGUCUAGUCCUCUAAACUAUCUAGUAGUGGAUGGAACUUGAGAACUCAUCCCUUUUGCUUGAAGCCAUGGUUUCUGAAAAGCUACUGCCAAACUUUUAAGCUCUACCAAGAUACUAUAUGGCGGAAAAUGACUGUUCUGUAAUGUGAUCCCAUGGGAGUACUCUGUUUAUAUAUGUUUCAUCUUCUCUCU